AAAAAGGGAAAAUUAUUACUCUUAAAAAAAAAAAGAAAGCCUUUUUUUUACUGCGAAAUGACUAAACAAGAUCUCCAUGACACCAAACGGACAACUUUUAUUCGAGUACCCAUGGAACCGUUAUAUGAAAGAUUAUUAAAGAAGCCAUUUGGUGAUAGUGUGUCAGCCAUUGAAUAUUGUCGCAGUGUCUGUGCUGAGUUUGGAUUCACCGUCAAGCAAGAAGCCAGUGCCAAUCGUGUAAGCCCUCUUUUUUUUUUGCAUGAAAAUAGCAGUAAAAAAUAACAUUUUUUUUUUCUUCUUGUUUAGAAUAUCUAUGUCUAUUGUUCAAGAGAAGGCUUGCCUGAUUCGCAACGUAACCCUAAACCUUCUCCU